UUCCCUGACGGACGGAUGACCAGGAUGAGGAUGUUCUCAGUUUCACACAAGACGGCCUUUGUGGUGGAUCACUGCCCGUACAUGGCAGAGUCCAGCCGGCAGCCGAUUGAAUGUGACAUGCUGGCCAAAAGCCGUUCGCAGGGUGUGAUUCCUCUGGCUCCAGUGUCCAAAUCUCUCUGGACGUGUGCGAUUGAGUGCUCCAUGGAGUACUGCCGGAUCCUGUACGACAUUUACCCCACCUGGAAACUGGUGAACUACAUCGUGAGCGAUUCUGAGGUUCACAUCUUGAACAGCUGGAAGCAGGAGGACCAGAACACACAUGGGCUGAUGGCUGCUUUGACAGCUGUUGGGCCUCCAAACCCUCGUCAGGAUCCUGAAUGCUGCAGCGUCCUGCACGGGCUGGUGGCAGCUGUGGAAUCACUGUGUAAGAUCACGGAGUAUCAGCAUGAGUCUCGUACCACUCUGAUGGACACAGCUGACAGAGUGGCCAACAGGGGGCGCAUUAUUUGUCUCACCAAUGCUAAAAGUGACACUCAUGUCAGAAUGCUGGAGGACUGUGUGCUGGAAACCAUUCAGGAGCAAAACAAACGGGCAGCAGGAUCUGACAGACUGAUGCCAAUUCAGCAGUGUGAGCUUGUGCUGGUCCACAUCUAUCCUCAAGGUGAAGAGACUCUGGUCUCAGAUCGGCAAAAGAAAGAGCUCUCGUCAGUGUUGAGCAGCGAGGUUCACAGUGUGCGAGCUGGACGGUAUCUAGCUGGUAAACUGAAUGUGCUGGUUCAGCAGCACUUUGAUUUGUGUAUGUGUCCGUGUGUGUGUGUGUGUGUAAAGGAGGAGCAGCAUGCUAACACUUCAGCAAAUUACGACGUUGAGCUUCUUCACCAUCGAGAUGCGCAUAUGGAAUUUAUUAAGAGUGGUGAUUUGCACAUGGCCGGCAGCACCAGCAGAGACAGUGGGCUGAAGGAAACCGUCACUCUCAAAUGGUGCACUCCACGCACCAACAGUGUAGAACUGCAUUACUGCACAGGGGCCUAUCGCAUUUCUCCGGUAGACGUUAACAGCAGGCCAUCUUCCUGCCUUACCAACUUCCUGUUGAAUGGUCGCUCUGUGCUGCUAGAGCAGCCUCGCAAGUCAGGGUCAAAGAUCAUCAGUCACAUGUUGAGCAGCCAUGGAGGAGAAAUCUUUCUGCAUGUUCUGAACAGCACACGCUCCACACUGGAGGAUCCACCCUCCAUCAGCGAGGGCUGCGGUGGACGAGUGACUGAUUACCGUAUCACCGACUUUGGUGAGUUUAUGCGUGAGAAUCGUCUUGCUCCAUUCCCAGACUCAAUGAUAGAUGCAGCAGGCAGAACUCCAGUCGAGAGAGCCAAAUCUCAACUCGAACGAUACACACGAUACUGGCCAAUGAUCAUCUCCCAGACUACCAUCUUCAACAUGCAGGCGGUGGUACCAUUAGCUAACCUCAUAGUGAAGGACACUCUAACAGAUGAAGAUGUGCUGACCUGUCAGAAAACAGUCUAUAAUCUUGUUGAUAUGGAGAGGAAGAGUGACCCUCUGCCCAUCUCAACUGUAGGCUCCAGAGGAAAAGGACCCAAACGUGAUGAGCAGUAUCGAAUCAUGUGGAAUGAGUUGGAGACGUUGGUAAAAGCACAUUUGUGCACCAGUGAGCGGCAUCAGCGUGUGCUGGACUGUAUCAGCGCUUGCCGGAGCAAACCACCCGAGGAGGAGGAAAAGAAAAAAAGGGGAAGAAAGAGAGAGGACAAAGAGGACAAAUCUGAGAAAAAUGGCAAGGACACAGAGGAGAAGGGCUGGACCACAGACUCCGAGAGGCUGAAGGGAGUAAUGGAACGAGAGAAGGAUGAACUGAGUGAAUGUGAGAUCAUCAAAGAUUCACCAGAUUCUCCGGAGCCCCUGAACAAGAAACCACGCUUGGCUACAGAGGAGCAACAGCCUCCAGAGAAAUCUAAAGGUCCUGUGUCUCUAUUCACCCUUUGGACUAAUAGAAUCACUCAAGCCAACUCCAGGAAGCAUCAGGAGUUUGCAGGAAGAUUAAGUUCAGUCAAUAACAAGGCUGAACUUUACCAACAUCUGAAAGAAGAAAAUGGGAUGGAUGUUCAUGAGAAUGGAAAAGCCACCAGAUGAUGUGUGGAACACGCCUCUUCUCAUCUCUGCAGGAUCAUUGAUUUGUUGAGAGGAUGUGAUGUGACCUUUGGCAUGAUAUCAAAUGAUGCUUUUGCCAGGAUGCUGGUUUUGUGUCAGACCAAGAAGAGAAAGGCAAUGUUUUAUAAGGACACACUUUUUAUAUGCUUUAGUUUGUACAAAGAGUCUGUAAUAUUCUGAAACAGAAUAAAGAAAUUGUA